UCCUCUUCGCUGUGCGGCUGCCUGCCCAGCCUGUACUGUACAUGACAAAAGCGAGAGGAUGGAGUGAGUGAAAUAAAUCCACACUUCAUGUUUCUCACAGCCACUUUUUUUUUGGUAAUUUGGCAGGAAGAGGGGGUUUUGGAUCACUGCGCCACCUUACAAGAAAACCUAUCCUAGUUCAUGUUAGUAGUAGAAACCAGCAGCCUAUCUCUUUUUACGCACACCCUGCUCCAGUGAAGGCAGCAGCAGUUCAGAUCAGAUUUCACAUUCAGCUCCGACCAGCUGAGAGAGAGACAGCCAGAGAGCAGGAGGACUCCGCUUUCCCCUCCGACACCCCUCUCUCUCUGCGCGGCGAGAAAAAAAAUCCCCUGCGAGGAAGAACCGGGUGCGCGGCAUAAAUAUUAAAAGCACCACCGGGAUUUUUUUCCCCUCCUUUUUUUUCUUCUUUUAUGUAUUUUUGCAGGAUUUCAGCAGCGAGAGCGCCACAGAGAAUAAGAUAGAGAGGAAGAAGAAUAAGAAGCGAUGGACGAGCAGCCGAGGUUGAUGCACUCUCACACGGGGGUAGGCAUGGCAGGGCACCCCGGCCUGCCGCAGCAUAUGCAGGAAGGCACCGGAGGAACGGACGGCGACGGAAGAAAACAGGACAUUGGAGACAUUUUACAGCAAAUUAUGACCAUCACGGAUCAAAGUCUGGACGAAGCCCAAGCCAGGAAACACGCUCUGAACUGUCACAGAAUGAAGCCAGCUCUUUUCAAUGUCUUGUGUGAAAUCAAAGAAAAAACAGUGCUGAGUAUCCGCGGCGCCCAGGAGGAGGAGCCCCCGGAUCCCCAGCUCAUGCGGUUGGACAACAUGCUGCUGGCAGAGGGAGUGUCCGGUCCGGAGAAAGGCGGAGGCUCGGCGGCGGCUGCAGCAGCGGCAGCGGCCUCGGGGGGAGCAGGGCCGGACAACUCCGCAGAGCACUCUGACUACAGGGCCAAGCUGACCCAGAUCAGACAGAUCUACCACACAGAGCUGGAGAAGUAUGAACAGGCGUGUAACGAGUUCACCACCCACGUGAUGAACCUGUUGCGGGAGCAGUCGCGCACGCGGCCAAUUUCGCCCAAAGAGAUCGAGCGCAUGGUGAACAUCAUCCACCGCAAGUUCAGCUCUAUCCAGAUGCAGCUCAAACAGAGCACCUGCGAGGCCGUCAUGAUCCUGCGCUCCCGCUUCCUCGAUGCCAGGCGGAAAAGACGAAACUUCAACAAGCAGGCAACAGAGAUCCUGAACGAGUAUUUCUACUCACACCUCAGUAACCCCUACCCCAGCGAGGAGGCUAAAGAGGAGCUGGCAAAGAAGUGCGCCAUCACAGUUGCCCAGGUUUCCAACUGGUUUGGGAAUAAAAGAAUCAGAUACAAGAAAAACAUUGGUAAGUUCCAAGAAGAAGCCAACAUGUACGCUGCGAGAACUGCCGUGAAUGCGGCUAAUGCAUCCUCACAUGGAAGCCAAGCAAAUUCACCCUCAACUCCAAACUCUGCAGGUUCUGCUGGCUCUUUUAACAUGUCAAACUCCGGGGACUUGUUCAUGAGCGUGCAGUCUCUCAAUGGGGACUCGUACCAGGGGGCUCAGGUGGGAGCCAACGUGCAGUCUCAGGUGGAUACCCUUCGCCAUGUUAUCAGUCAGACAGGCGGAUACAGUGAAGGACUCACGGCCAACCAGAUGUACAGUCCGCAGGGCAUCAAUGCAAACGGUGGCUGGCAGGAUGCUCCGACCCCCUCAUCAGUGACUUCACCCACAGAAGGACCUGGAAGCGUUCACUCCGACACCUCCAACUGAUCCUCCACCCCCACCUCCUUCACUCCUCCGUCCUCUGCUCCCCCUCCGCCACUGCAACCCCAGCCGUAUCUCUCAAGACUUAAGCUCAAACCCCAUCGGGACUGGACGUGACGUGCUGUAUGUAGUCACGCGGCGGGGACACAGUCGGGGUCUUGGAUGACAUUUCCACCACUACGGACAAAUAUUUCACUUUUUCCUAUCUGGACCACGGCAGCACCGUUAGCAGCCUGCGUAGGGGACUCAUAUCCACACUUCACAGUUUGUACAGUUUCCACUUGAUGUCCAUGUUGCCUCUUUGUAUUUCUCUUACAUUAUGUAUUCACACGGUAGGCACACAGUUAGCAGCAAAAGCCCCACGUCUUGUAAAUUGAAAUUCUUUCACACUACCUCUAUUCGAAAUAACAACAGAGAAAACAACGCUUCGGUUUUACAAAUUUUUAUAAUUAUUGGAAUUUACUGCAAACCACACCAUGCCCUGUCAUUACACCUCUGUCUUUAUUACUGUGUUCACACAUUUUGUUUAUCUACAGUGCCAAAGUUCAACCCUGGAGGUGAAUUUUGAUAUAUUACAUUACACAUCACAUCCUUACAUUUUUCAUGCCAUGCUUUGUGAAGUGUUAUCACGUUAGUCCAGUCAUAAUAGUCAGGUAAUAUCCAAGUAUUCAACCUCGAUUUAUAUAGUUUGUAUUCAGAACUUCUGCAACAGACAAGGACAUGUAAGGCAUUUUAUAUUUUAUUGCCAGAGUAGUAGGUUUCCUGCUCAUAUGCAGUACAAUGAUGCAAAUUCUUACGCAAGCAAUUAACAUAACGAGUGUGACUUACAAAGAGAGUUGAAGUUCUGUCAUGCAUGUCGGCAUCCACAAUAUUCAACCAAAAAUUGACCUGAAACACUAAAUCGAUGACAACGUUAGCAGCAAUUACGGCAUGUCAAUAUGUAAUAAAGCACAAUAACGCCUAAUGAUUGAACUCAAGGGGUGACAUUUGUAAAUGUCAGGGAGAAAACAAUACAGAGGAAAUUUUAAGAUUUAACUAUAGUAGUCAUAUAUGAGAGAAAGAGAGUGUACAUACAGUACAUUAUCAGGCAGUGUGUAUCAGAGAGGUCAAUAUAGCCAAAUACUGCUGGUAACCAAAUCCAAAACAAAAAAAUUGUAAUUCUCAUUUUAAGGUAACGUGUUGUCGGGAUUUAACACAUUGCAUGUAUUUUCUCAGAAUUCACUUUUAAUUCAUGGAAUUAUAUUUAUGUCAUAAUCCAUUGGAACACCAUGGGACAUUUUGAGUGCAGAAUAGAUUUGCUUAAAAUAAAAUGAUUCUUUAAACAACAAGGAUAAGAAUUUCUCUACACAUUAUACUUUGUACAAUAUCCCAUUGCAAGCUCAGGAUUGUGAGACAAAUAUAACUCCAUAUGCAUUCAGUGCUGAAAAAACUUGAGGUUACUCAUCCCGUAACCCCUGUUCUCUGCUAACACUAGCGACAACUACACUGUUUGUAUUUCCGGUAUCCAAGAGUCCAUUCACUUUUUGUUUUCUUUUAAAAUGACAUUAAGAAACACCACAUCCAUCACCACAAACCAAUCCAAAAUGUGAAAUUAAAUUUGUCCUGUGUACAGUAUAGUAUGUGGUCUUAACAUGUAUACAUGAUUACAGUAGUCCUCAUGUGAUAUCAGAAUUUACAUACUUUGAUACCAAAAAAAAUGGCAGAAUUUCUAUCCUCCACAUUGGGAUCAGCUUUAUUGACGUUUUCUUUUUCCUCUUUUUCGUAGGAUUUUAUUAUCUACAGUACUAGUGAGCAUCUCAUAAUGCACUAGUGCUCUGUAUUCAAAGCCAAAAAAAUGCAGUUGGAAUACAGUACUGUUUAUAUAAAUUAAAGUGGAAACAAAUACCCUGAUGGCACACAGAUCCAGAUAAUGUUUGGAUAUAUUUUUAUGUCUCCAUUUUGUGAAUAACUCAUUUCUUUUUCAUUUGAUAUUAUGUUGCUUUGCUACAGGCUUAUGUUUCUUUUCUUUAAUGCUACCAUUAUAUGUGAAUGAGCCCAAGAAUGCUCUAUAUACAGUAUGUAGAUAUGCACCUUUAUUCUUUUUUUUGCAUCUUGAAUUUGGACAGCAGCCGUCUUAACACAGCCUGACGGAGUUCCUGCUGGAUUUAAGUUGAAAUCCUUUGUUAUUUUGUACUCAGACCACCGAAAAACAAGCCUGCCUCCAAGGUGGCUACUGUCCGAAUGAAGGUGACGUGAAAAGUUAGUGUUAACAUUGCCCCCUGGCAUUGUUUUUUUUUUUUUUUUAGCUUAACCGAACCCUUACAGAAAACAGAAUUCAAUCUGGAGACCCCAACCAGUCACAACACAGCCUGAAAACCACAGGUAUUUUUUAACAGUUGUCAGCGUGUUUGUAUUUAUUACACAUGUAUGAAAUCACGGAUGUUUCAGAGCUACUGUCUGAAGGUCGACCACGGCACGAUUACACCAAACAAACUCAUCUUGGAUCACCGGGAGCGGAUCCUCCUCGACUCACCUGCUCAGUAUUACAGUGGAGGGGCCGAGCAGUUGAAGUGAUGCACAGAACCUGCCUCAGUCGUCUCUUCUGAAGUCAUUGGAGUGAACUGACAGCACCGGCCAUGCAAGGCAAAACACAAGGACUGUUUUUGCACCCCUCCGUUAAAAAAAAAAAAAGGCUUAACUCUACUUUUCACAUUGCCUGUCAAAUAUUAUCGAAGCUUCAUGUAAUGAUGCUUUUUAGUUUUUGAAUAUAAAAGGAAAAGAGACAUGAAAAAGAAAAAUGAACAAUUUGUAAAACAUGAAAUGUUUUAUUUGUUGCAUGUCUUUUUGUUCUUCAAUAAAAUAACGUACUGCAGUGUUUUGAAUGUUAACUUCUUUUUUAUAAGGAUUUCAGAGUGAAACCGUGGAGCCUUUUUCUUGACAGGUUUUAACUUUUAAGAUCUCUGCGUAUGUAAAAAGGUAUCAAAUGGGAAAACUAUUGUCUUUUUAAUUACAAUUCAAAACCUGUUUUCUGUGGAGAAAAAUAGCUGAAAGGUGUAGGUUUUAUGGUCUCUUAAUUUGUACUGGCAAUGCGUAUCCCAAAUAAAUAGUUUCUUUUGUUGCAUAAA